CCACAGGAGCCCUGGGCAGCAGGGGCUCUCAGGGCUCUGGCCCUGAAGCAGGAAGAUCUGUGCUAAGGAUCCAGGGCUGUAGGAAUACGAAACCAUAUUCUGUAGACACACCAUGAACUCCAUGUGAUCUAGGCCUUACAACAGCUGCAAGAAAGACCCCGCACCCUUCCAUCACAAUGGCUCUUUUCCCAGUGAUGUUGUUUCUGGCUACUGUUCUGCUUCCAUCUUUACCUGCUGAAGGAAAGGACCCAGCUUUCACUGCUUUGUUAACCACCCAGUCAUCAAUCCAAAAGGAAAUUGUAAAUAAACACAAUGAACUAAGGAGGGGAGUCUCUCCAACUGCCAGCAACAUGCUAAAGAUGGAAUGGAACAGAGAUGCAAUGGCAAAUGCUCAAAAGUGGGCCAACAAGUGCACUUUAGAACACAGUCAUCCAGAUGAUCGGAGAACAAAUACAAAAUGUGGAGAAAAUCUCUAUAUGUCAUCUGACCCUACAUCCUGGACAACUGCAAUCCAAAGUUGGUUUGAUGAGCGUGAAGAUUUUACUUUUAAUGUAGGUGCAAGGAGUCCCAAUGCAGCUGUUGGACAUUAUACUCAGAUGGUGUGGUACUCCUCUUUCCGUGUUGGGUGUGGAAUUGCCUUCUGUCCCAAUCAAGACCAGCUAAAAUACUUCUAUGUUUGCCACUAUUGUCCCGCUGGUAAUAAUAUCAACCUGAAGGCAACUCCUUACAAACAAGGGACACCUUGUGCCAGCUGCCCCGGAAACUGUGAGAAUGGACUGUGCACCAAUAGCUGUGAGUAUGAAGAUGCCCUUAGUAACUGUGAGGACCUGAAGAUUAAAGCUGGCUGCAAACACGAGUUGCUCCAGGAAAAAUGCCAGGCUACUUGUAAAUGUGAAAACAAAAUUUACUGAAAAAUCCUGUGUACUUUGUGCUGAACGAAGUGAAGAAAGGACAUUUCAUCUCCUAGUAUUCCACUGGAACACACCAAGAGAGAAUUCUGGACAUGUUAGUUACAAAUUUGAUCCUCAAUAGUAACAAACUCUACACCAUCUGCAUUUAAUAUUACGAAAGUUGCCUAACACAAUCUAAGAUGGAAACUCUUGAUUUUGGCAUUAAUUCAGCACGCUAAUGAAUCAAGCUGAGGAUUCUGAAAAUAUUGCCCAAGGACUUAGGUCUCCAAAAAUCCGGGAUUGUCAUGGAGAACCAUUCCAGAAAGAAAAUGCUCAAAAAGAACAACUGUAAUACCAGUGUCAUGCUUACUACAUAAUUUUUCAUCUGCCUGAACAAUGAGCUCAGAAACUUAACAUCUGUACUUGUCUGUGGUGUCCUCUUUUAGUAAAUGUAACCAGUUUGAAUAAAAGAUGGGCCUACGCAAUCACA